UUCAUUAUUUAAUUUCCAUCAAAUUAUUAUUUUGCUUUACUUUCUCCGUCUAAUUCUUUUGUUUUCUCGUGAUCCCUGCACACUGUACGUGAAGAGCAAAUCUCCCAUUAAUUUUUUUUUAUAAAAAUUUUCUUUCUAAUUGUUUACUCUCUCACUCUUGUUUUAAUCAUCAUCAUCAUCCUCUACUCCUUCUUUCUCAAAUGAAAUGAUGUUCAACUCUGCUCGCUUUUCGCAUGGCCGUCCCAGAAUUAUUAUUAAUUUCAUUAUUAUGAUUAUUUAGAGGAUUUCCCCUUUACCCACUUAUGUAUUGAAGUUACAGAGAAAAGUAGACGAUCUAAAGUUUGUAAAAUGUAAUGAUAAGGUUCAUUAGCUGUCCAAGUAUAGGACUUUUGAUCCAAUGGGGGGAGAUUUGUGACAAGAAUGGAUCCUCAGGCUUUCAUAAGGUUAUCAAUAGGCUCACUUGGGCUGAGGAUUCCUGGAUCAACUUUGAAUUCUGCAAAAUCUGAAAUUCGUGCAUUUCCUUCUCCAUGUUUGUGUGAGAUAAGACUUAAGGGUUUCCCAGUGCAAACCACACCAGUUCCAUUAGUAUCCUCACCUGAAGCUCUACCUGAUGUUCAUAACAUUGCCUCAAGCUUUUAUCUGGAAGAAAAUGAUCUGAAAGCCUUGUUGACACCUGGCUGUUUUUAUAGCCCUCAUGCAUAUUUGGAGAUUGUAGUUUUCUCCGAGAGGAAAGGCUUUCAUUGUGGUGUUGGUGUGAAAAAACACCAGAUUGGAACUUUUAGAUUGGAGGUAGGUCCUGAAUGGGGUGAAGGGAAGCCAAUAAUUCUUUUUAACGGCUGGAUAGGCAUUGGAAAAAACAAGCAGGAGAAUGGAAAACCAGGGGCAGAGCUUCAUUUAAGAGUGAAACUGGAUCCUGAUCCAAGAUAUGUUUUCCAGUUUGAAGAUGUGACAAUGUUGAGUCCCCAGAUAGUCCAGCUUCAAGGUUCCAUCAAGCAGCCAAUUUUUAGUUGCAAGUUUAGUAGAGACAGGAUGCCACAGGUGGACCAAUUGAGCAUUUACUGGUCAGGUUCUGCUGACAGUGCUGAUAUAGAGACCGAAAGAAGGGAGAGGAAGGGAUGGAAGGUGAAGAUACACGACCUUUCUGGCUCGGCUGUUGCAGCAGCAUUCAUAACAACUCCCUUUGUUCCAUCAACAGGUUGUGAUUGGGUUGCUCGGUCCAAUCCAGGAGCUUGGUUGAUUGUUCGCCCUGAUGCAUGCAGGCCUGAGAGCUGGCAGCCGUGGGGAAAACUUGAAGCCUGGCGUGAUCGUGGCAUCAGAGACUCCAUUUGCUGCCGAUUUCAUCUCCUAUCAGAAGGCCAGGAAGCUGGUGAGGUUCUCAUGUCCGAGAUAUUUUUAAGUGCUGAGAAAGGUGGAGUCUUCUUCAUCGACACUGACAAACGGAUGCGGACAGCUGCUACUCCAAUUCCAAGCCCGCAAAGCAGUGGAGAUUUUUCUGCACUGGGGCCUGUUGUUGGCGGGUUUGUGAUGAGCUGUAGAGUGCAAGGAGAAGGUAAGAGCAGCAAGCCAACAGUACAACUAGCGAUGCGACAUGUGACAUGUGUGGAGGAUGCUGCCAUCUUCAUGGCACUUGCAGCAGCAGUCGAUCUCAGCAUUGAGGCGUGCAGGCCUUUCCGGAGAAAGCUAAGACGACGGUCUCACCAUUCCAUGUGAAAAUAGAAAUGAAAUGUUUAGUUCCAUGAACAAAGAGUGGCUCUGUUUUAUCCUAAAUGAUGAUUGUUGUAACAUUUAGCCUUGUGUACAGGAUUUUUCUCUCUUCUAGUUCUGGAUAUAUUAGACCGUUCUUCCUAAAUUUCCUUAACUCAUUUAUGAUAUCAGUACAGUUACUUGACACA